AUGGCGAAAGCAUGGGAGGCAACAUUGCGAAAAACACAAGCUGCUGCAAAGAAACGAGCACAUAGCAUAUUUGGCUCGACGUCUAUGGCCCAUGUGCACGAAGAUUUCUUUGAUGAUCAUGGUCAUAUUAUCUUUGAUGAUGGACACAACAAAAACCAUGGAAGUGACAACAUUGAGCCUGUACCGGUGGAGAAGUUUCUUCCGAAUGGAGAUUAUUAUGUGGGACAAUGGUUCGAGUAUUUCCCCCAUGGACAUGGGAAGUACUUGUGGACUGAUGGGUGUAUUUACGUAGGGGAGUGGUUUCGAGGCCAAGCCAUAGGGAAAGGUAGGUUUAGUUGGCCUUCAGGGGCUGUGUAUGAAGGUGAGUUUAAGAGCGGUUAUAUGGAUGGGAAAGGUACUUAUACCGGCUCUGAAGGGGAGGCGUAUAAAGGUUUUUGGGUGAUGAACAUGAAGCAUGGUUAUGGUGUUAUGACGUAUGAGAAUGGGGACUUUUAUGAUGGAGAAUGGAGGCAUGGUGUGCAAGAAGGGCAGGGGAAAUAUCAGUGGAGCAAUGGGACUUGUUUCGUAGGAGAAUGGAAGAAUGGGGUGAUUUCGGGUCCUGGAGACGGUAUAUACAAAUGGGAUAAUGGAUGUUACUAUGAGGGGUAUUGGAGUGGAGACCCGAAAGAGAUGCUUGGGACUUAUCAUUGUCCUGAACCUGAACUGUUAGAUCAGGAAAAUUGGGAUCCUCAAGAGUUGUAUAAUGAUAUUUUGAGUGGGUGUAAGGUAUGUGCAACUGAAAAGAUUACUGUUUUUCCAUCGCAGAAGAAGCUCGCGGCAUGGAAGUCACCCAAAGGAACGGAUCCAAGGAGUAGGCCUGCACGAAUGUCAGUUGACUCGAGAAUGACUCCUGGUGGACACAUGUUGGAGUCAGAAGGAAGUUUUUCAAGUGAUUGUAGUAACAGAAGGAAUUCUGACAGUGGAAAAGAUGGUGAUUUGGAUGGUUUAAGUCUUGAAAAUUGGACUAGUUUUAAGAUGGCACCACCUGGGACUCCAGGGAAACCACUUAGGAUACUGAAAGUAGGGAAGAAACAAGGAGAGAUUAUUACUAGAGGUCAUAAAAACUUUGAGCUUAUGCUUAAUCUACAGUUAGGAAUCAGGCAUGCUGUUGGUAGACCUGCUCCACCAACAUCCCUUGAUCUGAGGUCGUCCGCUUUUGAUCCCAAGGAAAAAGUGUGGACAAAGCUUCCAUCAGAAGGCUCCAAGUAUACUCCUCCACAUAGUUCCUGUGAAUUUAAGUGGAAAGACUAUUGCCCUUUAGUAUUCAGGUUAGCUUAA